AUGGCCGCACACUUGCCACCUUGGGUGGUCUUGCUGGCCUUGCUGCUUAUUAUAUUUCCUCAGAUCGCAACGCCCUUCAUCAACCUCCUGGUUAACGCAUCGGUAAUCCACAGCAUCGCCAGUGUAACCAUCGCGAUCGUCCGGGUAUUCCACCGUGCUCCAGCAAUCUUGCUUGCAGCCACCAUCGAUCUCGUUAUCGCCAUUUAUUCCGGCAAUUACCAAAGCAUGUCCUUCAGUCUGGGUUGCUAUAUUGGAUGGCUUCUUGAUGCAGCCUGGGCCUUGGUGUCGGGGUUGAAAAGAGCAUAUUGGCUUCUGUUCAGCAUUAUCCUAUGGACCUUUGACGUUUCGUCGGACAUUAUCGGAGAAGUGCUGGCGCUUUGCAUCAGCUUUAUCCUGCUAAUCGUGGUUUGCAAUCUGGUCAAGGCAAUUUGCGUUGAUCUUCUCGCCUUGGUCCUGGAAGCCGUCGGUCGCGGGGGAUGCCGCCAGGUCAUGAACAGGAUCCUCGAUUCCAUCGACGAAGCGAUCAAUGCCUUGCCAGGCAUAUCUGUUUCUUCUGGUUCGGAGGGACGGCGGCGACUCCUGGAGUGCGGAAUCCGACUCGCUAAUUGGGUCUUCGGUUUGCUGAUGGACGCGGUUGAAGGACAUCCAGCGAACCACGUGAUAAUCAGACUCGAGCACUUGGUCAUGGCAGUAAUGGCACUGGGAGGAGCUCUGCUCGAACAAGGAGAAGCCCUACUGGAACAAGGGGGAGCUCUGCUGGACUGGCUCGACGACAUCCCGCCUGAGAGGAACGAAGUUGACGGACGUGCAGCGAACUGCUGGAGAACCAUGUUCGAGGACAUGGUCGCGGAGGGAUUGGCGCAAGUCUUUUCUCUGCUGGACUGGCUCGACGGAUUGCCGGCUGAGAGAUGA